AUGAGCUCACUGCCAUUUUCCCUUCUCUCUCUACCUCCCACAAACCACAGCACAUCCAUUACCAGUUGUUUACUCUAUAAAAACUUGCACACAACAGAAGCUUCAUCAGCCAAAUCCACCAGCCACCACAUCACCUCUUCUCACCUGUUAAAACUAAAUGAAAACUCAACCUUAUGUGCAAGAAGAGAAGUAAUUGGACUUGGAGUUUGUUCUGGUCUUCUUCAAGUUCUUUUACAACCACAGGCCUUUGCAGCAGCAGCAGCAGCAGAAGCAGAAGCCAGUCCUUGUGAGCUAACCGAAACUCCGUCGGGGUUAGCAUACUGCGAUAAAGCUCUAGGAAGUGGCCCAGAGGCUGUCAAAGGACAACUAAUUAAGGCGCAUUAUGUGGGCAAAUUGGAGAAUGGAAAGGUCUUCGAUAGCAGCUACAAUCGCGGAAAGCCCCUUACAUUUCGUAUUGGUGUUGGUCAGGUACGUACAAUUUUUAGUACAAUCAUGAACUGUAUCCUUCUUGUGAAUCCUGGGACUGUUAAGUCAAGAAUGAAUCAGUGA